ACACUUGCAGCAGGUAGGCUUGAAGAAACAAAAAAAAGCAGAACAGAGAAAUCCGAGUGUUGCACCCCCCUGAGAGAUAACAAGGUGGGCGGACUAAUGUUACAUUGUUUCGCCGAACGGCGGCGAAUUGCUAACUAGAAGGGGCGACCAGUUGACUAGAAUUUCAAAAGUGUUUCAAAUCAGUGGUGAAGGAGAAGAAGAAUCGGUGGGAUUCCUAGGUGUGAAAUGAGUACAAAUGAUUCGGCGGCAGUGGCAAAGUCUGCUUCCAGCAAUCACCAGCAAGUCCAGGUCGGUAAACAGUGGUGGAAAGUAUGCUUCCUGUAUGGGAACCAGGAGAAGUACUAUCGGCAGAUCUACGCGAAGGCGGCUUCGGAAAGGAUAGCUCAGUCCCAGCAUCAGCAGAAUGGAAGUGGACCGACUCAGCGUAAAUCGGCGAUCAUCUUCCCGACCAAACAGCACCGUCCCAUUCUGCUGAACGGUGGAGGCCAAAAGAAAGACUCGGAUACGGACCGACCUGCUCCGGCGGUCAAGAAGCGCGUAACAGUCCUGGAUGAUUCGUUUCUUCUGGGGGUCAGCGAAGACGAGCAACGGUCGGACAGUGGCAUCAACAUCGAUGCCUCGAACCAACCCGAUGAACCCCCGGCGGUGGCCAACCGUGGGAUGCGUCGUAAUUUCCACCUGAGCAGCGAAGAGUUGCGAUUGUUGAACUCGGACAAACCGCUGCUCAGCGGGGGACACUUUGCACAAUCGUCUACGCCUCCAGUUCCAACCACUCCCGGGGUGAUGGCGGCGGCACCAAAUCCAUCUCCCAUUGUGAUGAACCCAACCGGCUCCAGUGGGAACUCACAAAUUGCACGUAAUUCAUCACCACCAUCAUCAUCAUCACCAACGGCAAUGGCGGAUUCUCCCCGUCCGGACGUUCUGGUUCCAACCAACCCGAGCAAUAAAAUUCCGCCGCAGUCAGUACAAAUGUCGUACCCAUACCAAAAACCUUCCUUCGAGUACGACGUGAAUCGAGUGCCGCUGAGUCCCCACCACCAGCCGCAGCAGCCUCCGUACCCCAAGCCACCGCUGCAGCGUCCAUCGCCGUCCCCUUCGGUGGGUGACUUCCUGCCACCGCUCCAGCCGCAGCCGCAUCAGGAUGCCGGAGGAUCGCGAUCAAUUUAUAGUGCCCACGCCCUUUCCCAAGCGAACAACCUUCAUCCUCAGCACCUGCAGCAUCUCCAGCAUCAUCCUGGACCAUACGGUCAUCCACCACCACCACCACCUUCGAUGGGAUCGCCAUCACCAGCUCUGUAUCAUCACUCACCCCGGGGCGCAGGAGGAGGAUCAGCAGGCCAUCACCCUCAGCAGCAGACAUUUCCACCGAAUUUCCCUCCCAACCCGCAGCAACCCAUUCCCGGGGGAGGUCCCGGUGGAGGAGGAGGAGUAGGAGGAGGAGUCGUCGGCGGCGGCGGCGGUGGUCACAAUUAUUCCCAGUCCGACGAUGACAGCGGCUGUGCACUAGAGGAGUACACUUGGGUUCCACCCGGACUCCGACCGGAUCAGGUCCACCUGUACUUCUCGGCCAUCCCCGAAGAUAAGGUCCCGUACGUCAACAGCAUCGGCGAGCGACACCGCGUCCGUCAGUUGCUCCAGCAGCUUCCUCCCCACGAUAAUGAGGUGCGAUAUUGCCAUUCACUGACCGAUGAAGAGCGCAAAGAGCUGAAGCUCUUCUCGGCGCAACGGAAGCGGGAAGCCCUCGGCAGGGGCACCGUGAAACAGCUGGCUACGAAUCAGAUUUGCGACGGGUGUGGCGAAUGUAUUUCUUCCGGUGACAUGGGAGUUUACGCUUCACGGUUCGAUCCGGGUACGUGCUGGCACCCGGCCUGUUUCGUGUGCUCCGUCUGCAAGGAACUGCUCGUAGAUCUGAUCUACUUCCACCGAGAGGCUCGACUCUACUGCGGAAGACACCACGCCGAGACGCUGAAACCGAGAUGCUCAGCGUGCGACGAGAUUAUACUGGCCGACGAGUGUACGGAAGCUGAGGGUCGGGCGUGGCAUAUCAAACACUUUGCCUGUUUCGAGUGCGACAAGCAACUGGGUGGUCAACGGUACAUAAUGCGCGACGGCAAGCCAUACUGUUUGCACUGCUUCGACGCGAUGUUUGCCGAGUACUGUGAUUUCUGUAGCGAGCCGAUUGGUGUGGAUCAGGGUCAAAUGAGCCACGAUGGUCAGCAUUGGCAUGCGACGGACAGUUGCUUCGCCUGCAGUACCUGUCGCUGUUCGCUGCUCGGUCGGCCGUUCUUGCCUCGACGGGGUGAAAUUUAUUGCUCUAUAGCCUGCAGCAAAGGUGAACCACCUACGCCAUCCGAUGGAUCAAUGCCAACUGUUAUGCCCUCUCGAACUCGGCUGCGAGCCCCCGGGCAGCGGACCUUCGAAGACGCACCUACUGAGUACGUACCAAAUUUGCCAAAGUCACCCGAACCUCUGCAGAGUCCAAUCAGCGAACGAAGCACCCCUUACUCCAGCCCUGCCAAACACUCGCACACGGAAAUGUCCACCAACAUCUCCAGUCCGAUUCCUACCGAAUUCAACGACCAGACCUACUCCGUAUCAGCGGAAAACGAUGUACAAACCUACACCGGAAGUGGUGCUACCUCUCCCAUCUCCUCCCGAACGCUUCCCUGCACCGAACCCAGUGACUACGUCGACCACCAGCACCAAUCCCUUCCCCCCAUCAUCCCAUCCCAUCGUCGAAUACCGCAAUACUCCCCCGAACUCGAUCGACUGCUGCACAAAGAUCGAAGUCGACAACCGUUGGACCUCACCGACCUCAGUCUCAGCCUGGACAACUGGCAAGCGGAUCACAACUCGACGAUCCUCCCCGGUCCCAGUAUAGCCACAAUCAACCCGUCCCUAACGUCGUCGAUGCCGGAGUUGAGUCAGUCGCUACAGUUCCAGCAACAACAACAACAACAGCAGCAAUCGCUACCCUACGAUGAUAUAAGCCCGUUGGACAAAGCCAGUGCAAUAACCGAUCCGGAUGACGCCAUCCAGAACGCCUCGGAUGAUGCUUCGCAUUCCAUUGUCGAGCUGCCCACCCCGCCACCGAUAGUAAUUAAGAAAGAAGUCCGCUUCGAGGGUGACUUCCAGGACUCGUUGCCCCGCUCCAAGAGCUACUGCACCCGUUCCGGUGGUUCGCGGACGCGUUCCUCCAAAUCCAAGCGCCGGUCGUCGCACCACCACCAACACCACGGUAGCCAUCGGUCGUCCGGUGAGAGCAGCAGCUACGGCUACGAUCGCCAUCACUCGUCGUCUUCCUCCUCGUCCAACAAGCGAUCGCCGCGCCGGAGACGCGUCCCGGACGUGGAAAUCAUCGAACAGCAGGCCGACCCGGCCGACGACGAUUCGGACACCCGAAGCGUUUGCUCGACCUGUUCGUCGAGUUCGUCCAGCGCGGACGAUACCGUAUACGAGCUGCCCACGAGGCGGACCUACGGCGGAACGCGAGUCCACUAUAUGCCAAACAAUUCGCUUGCCUGUGCCCGCAAGCGGAAGCAACUGCAGAGUAGCCAUCCUUAUGAGAAAGACAAUAAGAAUUGUAUCAUAUCGUGAAGUGGGAGGAGUGAACCGUUAUUUGUGAAGUAGGUACAAUGUGUAGAAGUGUAUAUUUUUUGGACCCAGUAGUAAAUAGUUGCAGUUUCAGGUAGUGAUACAACCACAAUGUGAAUCAAAUCAUUGAUUUAUAAUCAAAAAAAGAGUUUUAGGGACAGAGAUAGCUCGGUUUGAAUCGAAAGUUUGCAUGUAUUUUGAUUAUUCAUUUUUUUCGGGUUGACAUUUUAGAUUACGGAUUGAAUAUUUAACUGAACGAAAUACUCUUGAGGAAAUUAUAGGAACUGUGAGAUUCAAGUAUUCAUAUCGCAACAUAGACCGAUACGUUUAAGCAUGGAACGUUUUCCGAUGCUCAUAUCGUAAGUGUAAGAAUAUUUUUAUACACAUUAGAGUUUGAUAGGAUUAAAUUUUUAUCGAAAAGUUGAAAGAGAAA